AUGUCUGGCACUUGGGAAGCACUUAUGCACAUGAUGCGAAACCGCGUCUCAUUCUUCGACGGCUCCACGCCAGCCUCAGCGCAGUCCCCGGCGAAGGGAUGGAGGGUGUCCAAGCAGCCAUCCGAAGCCGCCGACAGCUACUUUCCCGAGCGAACGCCGUCGCCUACAUCAUCUAUCUCGGAGGCAGAGGACGACGGUCCCACGCCCGUCACCAAAGCAAACCGCAUGAUCGGUUCCGAAUAUCCCAUCCCGCCACUAGAGCGGGAAUACAGCCGUCCCACCGAGGAGCUCGACGUCGCGCAACAACUAGCCAAGAAGCCACUGCCGCGAUCGCUACACAGCUCCCUCCAGCGCGCGGCCUCGAACACCGCGCAGAGGCCCGUAGACGACGAGGAGACGAGACGACAGAAGCUCGCUGCUGCUAAGAAGGAGAUACUCGCCCUGGCCGGCCAGAUCUAA